GAGGAGUAGAGGAGUGAGAGAAAGAGUAGAGGAGGAGUAGAGCUGUACCUAAUAAAGUGUCCGUGUGUGUUGAGGAAGUGUCUGAGCACUUCCUGUUGAAGCUGUGAACAGGAAGUGAAGAGAUGGCGACUUUUCUCAUCAUCACCGCGAUUCUGGCUGUAGGGGUCCCUGUGUCCCGCGGGGGGCGCUGUGUUCCCGGGGCGCCCUGUGACGUCAGCGCAGACGACCGCUCCGUCCUGCAGGCGGCGCUCGCGGCUGCGCAGACCUACAACAACCAAUCAAACGACAGCUUCCUGUUCAGACCCCAACGCAUCAUCAAGGCCCAGAGACAGGUGGUGAAGGGCGUCCGGUUCCUCUUGGACCUGGAUCUGUGCAGAACCGUGUGUCGAAAACGAGACAAACCUCAGAAGAAUCUCCAGGACUGUGACCUGCAGCCCCCAGGUCCUCUGCACCAGAUGUUCCGGUGUCACGUGGAGAUCUGGGUCGUGCCCUGGAGCCACCACCGCGUCACUCAGAGACUCGACUGCCAAUCAGAGCGCAGAGAGCAGAGCUUUGGCCAAUCGGAGCGCAGAAUGAUGGUGUCUGAGUGAGACGUGUGAAAGGGGGCGGGGUUAGAGUUUGUUGUGUUCAGUUGUGCGUUUUGUGUGUUUUUGUGUUUAUGGAGACUCGUCCAAGUCUAAAUAAAAUUCUUUUGUCUUCGGA